AUGGCUCCGAAAGGAUCGAAACAGCGAGGGGGAGGAGCGCCGAGGGGCAAUAAGAAGCGCGGAGAGGGCACAUCCAGACGCAGAGAUCCCAUGAUAGACGAGAGACAGCAGCCAUUCCAGGCGGUGUGUCUUCUUCCUAUCGCAAAUACCCUCUUGAUUGAUUAUACCCUUGAAUUCCUGUCCAAUGCCGGAAUAGAGGAGGUAUUGCUCUAUGCCGGCGCACAUGCAGAUAUGCUAGAAACUUAUCUCAAUGGCUCGAAGUGGAAAUCAGACAUAUCACCUUUUACAAAAGUGCGGCUCAUCAGGACAGCAGCAACUACGUUCGGAGAAGUCAUGCGCGAUCUACAUGAGAAACAUCUAAUGAACGGUGACUUUCUGCUAGUUAACGGCGAUGUUAUUGGGAAUAUCCCGCUCGAGCAGGCAUUGAUCGAGCACCGUGCUCGGCGAGAAACAAACCGAAAUGCCAUCAUGACCAUGAUACUUCGAGAAGUCGGGGAGUCGAAUAGGGUUCGCAAGAGUGCUGAUGCGCCGUUGUUUGUCAUUGAUCCUACCAAGGAUAGAUGUUUGCAUUACGAAGAGCUUCCGUACCAUUCACACGACGGAUACGAUCUGCCGUCGAAUCUCGAGAUAGACCCGGAACUCCUCGACGCCCAUUCUGAGAUUGAUGUUCGAAAUGAUCUGUAUGAUUGCCGUAUCGACAUAUGUACCCCUGAAGUCCUGGGUCUGUGGGCGGAUAGUUUCGACUAUCAGUCUCCGCGCACCCAUUUCCUCCACGGUGUGCUGAAGGACUACGAACUUAAUGGAAUGACUAUACACACCCACAUUUUGAAGGACCACUAUGCGACUAGAGUUCAGAAUCUACAUGCAUACGACCUUGUUAGUCGGGAUGUUAUAUCUCGAUGGACAUUCCCUCUGUGUCCAGAUACAAACCUCUUCCCUGGAUAUACAUAUACAUUUAAGCGGAAUUUCGUCUAUCAGGAGCAAGGUGUUGUGCUGGCUAGAUCCGCAACCAUCCAUAGCCGGACUGUCGUCGGUAAGGAUACAACUAUCGGAGAAGGGGCUGUCAUCACCAACAGCGUCAUCGGCCGGAGGUGCAAGAUCGGCAACAAUGUUGUCCUUGACGGUGCGUAUAUAUGGGAUGAUGUGGUUGUGGGCGAAGCAACGGAGAUACGCCAUGCUAUUGUGGCCAAUGGUUCAGUCAUCGGAGCCAAAUGCCGAAUCGAACCCGGUGCGUUGCUGUCAUAUAACGUCAAGAUUUCAAGUGGAAUAUCGAUACCUGAGAGCAAGAGCAUUACCACAUUCCAACGAGACCCUGACCGGAAGGUACCGAAUGAUGCCAAACUUGUUGGUAAGGAUGGUGAAGGUUUCGAAUUCGUUUAUGAAGAGGAUGAGGAUGAAGAGGAGAUUGACUUCAUCCCUGGCUUAAUGUACAAUAUGGCUGAGCUUUCGCUGUCCGAUGCAUCGAUAUCGACUCUCACGUCAGAUAAGACCGAGGACGGCGAUUUUGGCUUCCGCUCAAGAUCAGACAGUGUCAGCACAACGACAUCUGACGAUGAGGGACGGGACCAGUUCCAUCACGACGCCGUCUCUAGCGUCUUCGAUGGACUUAAAGAAGGUCUUAGCGCUGAGGUGGUGCAGCUCGAGCUCGUUGGUCUACGCAUGAGUGCCAAUGCAUCUGAACACCAAGUCCGUCGUGCUGUAGUCAUGGCGUUUAUGAAAUAUAUCCAGCACGUCACGGAAGCAGGCACCGUCGGCCUAGCUGAUUCCGUUCGAGAGCUGUUCAAAAAGUACAAGGACACAAUCAUGCGAAUUGUCUUUGAUCAUGACACCGACGACAAGCCCGACCAGGUAGACUUGCUCCUGCUAUUCCAGAAGGAUCUCACGGAGCGGAACAAGGGAGGUAACAUCUUGCUUUUCACGGCGAAGGAGCUUUAUGACUUGGAGAUAGUAGAUGCCGAAGCCUUCUCGCAGUGGUGGGAAGAUGAGAGGUCAACGGCCACGCCUGCGAUGGAGAGCGUCCGGACACAGACCAAACCAUUUAUAGACUGGCUUGAAGCUGAAUCUGAUGACGACGAUGACGAUGACGAUGACGAUGAGGAGGAGGAUGAUGAUGAUGAUGAAAGCGAGUCUUGA